UCACUUGAAAUAGAAUAGAACAGAAGUAUAAAAAAAAUAAAUAUAUAAUUAAUUACGUUUUAUAGAUAAUGAAUUUAAUGGAUAUGUGAACCAACAUAUUUGUUUGAAAAUUGAUUAAAUUUAAUAUAUAAUAAAUAAAUAAAUGAUAUAAGAAGAAAUAUAGAUAUAACCACCAUUGAAUUAAUUAUAUAAAUAAACAGUCAAAAUGAAGAAGAAGGUAUUGUUGAUGGGUAAAAGUGGAUCUGGGAAGACAAGUAUGCGUUCAAUAAUAUUCGCAAAUUAUAUAGCAAGGGAUACAAGAAGAUUAGGUGCAACAAUUGAUGUUGAACAUUCACAUGUACGAUUCCUUGGUAAUUUAGUAUUAAAUUUGUGGGAUUGUGGUGGUCAAGAAGCCUUUAUGGAAAAUUAUUUUGCAUCACAACGUGAUAAUAUAUUUCGAAAUGUUGAAGUAUUGAUAUAUGUAUUUGAUGUUGAAUCACGCGAAAUCGAAAAAGAUAUGCAUUACUACCAAUCAUGUUUAGAAGCCAUUUUACAGAACUCACCAUCAGCUCGUAUCUUUUGUUUAAUACAUAAAAUGGAUUUAAUAUCAGAAGAUCAACGUGAUCUAAUAUUUAAGCAACGUGAUGAUGAUUUAAAGCGUCUAUCAAAACCACUCGAAUGUAAAACGUUCCGUACAUCGAUAUGGGAUGAAACAUUAUAUCGUGCUUGGUCUUCAAUCGUUUAUAUGUUAAUACCGAAUGUUAAAACAUUAGAACAAAGUUUACAACAAUUUGCAAAUAUAGUUGAUGCGGAUGAAGUAUUGUUAUUUGAACGGGCUACAUUCUUGGUAAUAUCACAUUGUCAACGUAAACCACAUCGUGAUGGUCAUCGUUUUGAGAAAGUCUCAAAUAUAAUCAAACAAUUUAAAUUGUCCUGUUCAAAGCUAGCUGCACAAUUUCAAUCAAUGGAAGUACGUAAUACAAUAUUUGCAUCAUUUAUAGAUCUAUUCACAUCAAAUACAUAUGUUAUGGUAUGUAUGUCGGAUUCAACGAUACCUAGUGAAGCUACACUUAUUAAUAUUCGUAAUGCUAGAAAACAUUUUGAAAUAUUAGAGAAGGUCUCAUCAACAAGUACAAGUGGUUCUGGAAGUAGUACAACUAAUAAUAAUAACACAUCUUCGUCAGCUUUAUUAAAACAAUAUUAAAUUUGUACAUAAUAUAAUGAAUAAUGAACAAAGGGUGAUUCUAAAUAUAACGCAUAUACAGUUUAUUUAGUUGUUAAUAAUAUGUAAAGUUUUGUAUUGAAUUUUUAAAUAAAUGUAUUGCUUUAAUAUUUAUAAUCACUUCAUAUAAUACAGAUAAUACGUAUCGCAUCACAUUACUCGAAUUAUAAUAAAGUUUUAAGAGAUAAUAAGUUAGAUAAAAUUAUGUAGUCAACUGUACAGUGUUAUCAAAGUUCAAAAGUGAAUCUUUUGACACAGAUACAUACUAUAUCCAUAAACAUACAAUAGUGAGUCACUUUUAAAGUUACCACUUCUCUAGAUUUGAUCGGAACCGGACUCCAGAAACUGUAAAUAUAAUCCCGACCGAUAUGAACAUGUAUAUACCUCCCGAGUAAAUAGAAAAUUUUUCAUAUUCAGAUAAUAUCGACUGUUUAAAUUAUUUGAAGAAUAUUUAUUUAAAUUUGUAAUUAUGAACAAACUGGUUAUACAAAACAACAAAAAUAUCGAGUAUUUUCAUUGUGUAUUAUAAUUAUAAAUAAUAGUUUCAUUAACUCCAGACUUUCUGGUUUGUCUCCACUUUUGAAUUUUGAUUCUGCAGCUGUAUUUAGUUUACACUACAACGAAGUGUUAAAUUACUUAUCAAAUUACUAAUCUAUAUAAAUACAGAUAAUCCACAUUACGUAUUAGUAAUAGUUAUGGGCGGGUCAUGUAUUAAUUGAUAAUCGUGCAAAUGUAUACUUUUAACUCAAAAUAAACGCACAACUUAAACUAAUGUGGUAUUACUACAACAUUACAUUUAAUUCACAUAUAAUGUUAUAGUUAUAACACUUAGAAUGGUAUAACACGUGCAUUUUUUAUGACAGAAGUAUAUGUUGAGUUGAAUGUUUGUGCUUGAUCGUGUUAUCUUUUUCUUGUAAAAUAGAAUGAACAGAUUCUCAUUCUUGAUAUGAGCAAUGUUGCCGAAAUUCCCAGUUUAGCCAUCGAAAUUUCUUUUCGUUUUAAUUAUUUCCCAUUCCUUUUCAAUUUUUACUUUUUGUUCUGCCUUAGGAAAUGCAUGUAAAAUAACAUUUACUCAAUUAAAUUCAGCUACACAGUAAUAUUUAUUCAAACGCAUUUUAUUUGAUAUUCGAAAAACAAAUUUUGGUUGCCAAAGCAAACCAAAAAUAAUAGAUCCAAAUCUAGUCAAUCUAAAUUAUUUAAUCAUAGGUAAUCACUAUAAUUAUCAACCAUAAUUAUGGCAAAAUACUACAUCUGUAUAACAUUCUAUGUCUAUAAAGUGAAUUGUAAAAUGGUCCCAAUUAAAAUCGGUAGAUAGGGCCUUCAUUAGCAGGAUUGUCGAAUAAUUUUAAAAAUCGGUUUAUAAUUUGAUAAUUAGAGAGAUAUAUGCUAAGACGAAUGUCAAUAAAUUGCAAUUAUAAGUGAUAAUGUUUAUAUGUGCGCUUAAAGUGUAUAAUUCAAUCCAUAACGAGGAUAGUCUUUAUUGUCUGUCGAUAUCCGAAAUUGUUUUACAGAUUUUAAUAAGUUAUGUUUAGUGUUGUUUAUCGUUAUUCUCUUAUGCAUUUGAUAUUGUUUUUCUUAGAAGCAUUGGGAAAACACGUAGUAAGAAAGUCUAAAAAAUUAAGAAAAUGUCUCAUUUUGAUGCGUCACAAAAUCUGCACUAGUUGAUUAUCCAUUUUUAUUAAUUUUGUAAAAAUUAUGUUAAAAAUAGUAUAGACGUGUAUACCAAAUAUAUUUUAGAGAAGAAAGUAUGGUACCUUUUUUACAUUUGCUCUGUGCAGAUUUUGUGACGCAAAGUAUAUUUUUCGCCAAGUUUCGAAUCCAAAUUUCUUGAUACUU